AGGCACGUCUGCGCGAUGAGGACCGGGAUAGGAGUGAACCUCUUUCGCGGGGAUCCGACGUGCUUUUCCACCCUCGACGACGACAGUCCAGCCGCACCGCCAAAACGUACCACACAAUCGACCAUGACGGCGAUCUGCUUCGUGUGCAACCUGCCGAUCCUGAGUCAUCAGGUCGGGCUGAUAUGGCAGGGUGGCAACGGCUGGGACGACCUCGUGCGCGAGCAAGUGGAGGAGUCGACUCUGAAGCAACGACUAGGAACAGGUAGACGAGACUCCGCAGCGCAGAUCACGUCGAUCUCGCCGCCAAACGAGACUCAGAGCUCUUCGCCGACGAAUCAGCGUCGUCGGCGAUCGAGCCUCGCUCCGCUGACCGACAUCCUGCGCGAAUGGAGCGGCGGUGGUUCUUCCGGGAAGCGCAGCAACAAGCUCUGCCGCAGGGAGACCUUGGCGGAUAUUGCCAAAUCGCUGCCAUGGUCGCGGCAGACCACGACGGAUGCCUCCAACCUGAGGAAGAGGCGGGAGAGCUCGGUCGACAGCGGCAUUCGGAGCCAGGUGUCGACCAAGUCCAGGCGGAAUUCCACCAUCAGUGAUUUGAAGAACGACAUAGCCAGACUCUGGAACAAGAAGGAGUCGACGCCGCAGCCGCAACCGCCACCCACGGUUAUCUCGCCCACACCACGACGAGGCUCUGGCGAAUCAAGGAAUUCUCGUCGUGGCUCGGGCGAGAGUGCAAGAUCCAGAAGAGACUCGAUAAUUGCGGGACAAGCUCCCGGCGAGCGCAAGCACAACUGUCGUCAUCACAAACGUAGACAGUCUCAGCAGUCGGUCGACGGGGGUGGCAUCACGCCUACAAAAGGAUACUACAGAAAUGAUCAAAGGCCGAGCGCUUCCAGCACAGACAGUGCGGCUAGUAACGCAGUUAGAGAACAUCUGGAAGCUCAACGAAGUUCCACCGAGAAAAGUGAAAGAUCAAGCAGCAUCGAAGCCAAGACUCAGCCGACGAGCCCCUUCGUGAUCGACACGAAGACGACGGCGACGACGACGCCGAUGUCCUUGACGGUCAACGGAAAGGCUCCUGUCAUCACCACGACCGAAUCGAAAACGACGUUGAUGAUGACCACGGCAGUGUCCAGCUUGUCAAACUUGACCGUGGACGCGAAGGCCACGAUGGAAAGCAAAUCUGGUGCCACUCUGGACACGUCCGUGAAUCCGCCGACUAUCAUCAUGUCCUCGGUAACGCCACCGGCGAUCUCACCGACGGUCGGAAGCAGCCUUCCGCUUCCUGGCACCUCGACUUCCGGUAGCUCCAGCCCGGUCGGCUCCCCAAACGUCAACAACACACCUACGCAUCCGUUGCUCUCCACCCGAAGAGACUCGACUACGCAGUGUUAUUACAAGGGUAAAGAAGUUUCACCCAACAAAUUGUCGAGGCUGACCCGCCAGCAGGCAGCAAUAGACGAAUCGAUGCCACCCGUAGGACGUCGUGGCAGCCAGCCAACGUUAUCACCGGAUCCUGACGAUGGUGGGCGAAAAGCACGAAGAGACUCUUUGAGCCCGGAUUCCGCUUCGUAUCCGCGACGUCGUGAUUCAAGAAGUCAUCUGAGUCCCGACAGGAACGUCGAUAAGAGAGAUAUCAGUCCUAUCAGGCAGAGAAAAGCUCGUUUGAGAAGGCAAUCCACUUCCAUGGCUGGUCGACCACCAAGAUCACCAGAUAGCUCCUCGUGUUCAUCCAGAGAUCCUAGUCCUUGUGCCCGUGCACCCAGCAGUAUCCAACAUGCGCCGAUAAUACGACGACAAUCUACCACCGAGGAGAUCUUGAUAGCGCGCGGUUUUCGUCGACAGAGUACCACCGAGGAAAUGAUACGAUGCCGUAAUUUUCGGCGACAAAGCUCUCAGAGCGACGACACGGUCCAAAGAUAUCGUGGACGAAGGGACAGUUCGGCUCAAAUCACGGACGGCACUUUUGCGACGAUGACAGUCGAGACGUCUAGCACUUUCUUCGACAGCAGCACCCAGACUGAACCGUCGCCGUUGUACGACAACAACCACUACCACGAGGAGUGCCUAAAAUGUAACAGCUGCGGCCUGAAUCUCACGGGACCCAAUCACAAGCGGGCGAGACGGUUCAAGAACCAGAUACUUUGCGAUCUGCACUUUGCCGACGUGGCGCUGAUGGAGUGCUCGGACUUCAUGCAGCAGUUGCGCAGCUUCAAGCCACAAAGUUUAGGCUGCGCAGUUGCGAGAAGGAAGUCCUCGACCACCCUGAUCUUCCCGCUGCCACCGCAGGCGUGCUCCGAUGAGUUUUGCCAAGAAUUUCCGCACAACCUGAUACCAACGCCCGGCUACUGGAUCGAGUGUUCGCGGCAGCAGAUCACGUCAGACACGAUCUGGGACGAGAGCGAGAGCGAUCGUGACGCAACCGAUCCCGAGCAGGUGGAGGAGCAGACGGUGGAGGAGCGUUCGUCGAUACUGAAGCGACAGGACAACAGCUUCUGCCUAUUUGAGGAGAACGAGGUCGACACAGACGAUGUGCCGCGGAAGAAAACCGUCAUCGAGGAGCAAUGGGAGAAGAAUCAGGGCUUCGAGCUCACGUCGGUCGAGCAGGAGACCUACGAGAAGUACUUCUACGGUUCGGAGCACUGGAAUUACUUCACAAACGAUGAGGAUCUGGGACCGGUGAUACUCAGCAUCAAGCAGGAGACGCUCAACGGCCGGGACCAGUUCAGGAUCCUGGUCAGAGCCAUCAGUUACACGGUCCACGGCCUUAUCCCCGCCAGCUGCGUCUUCGCUGAUCGGUACAAUCGAGAAGAAGUGGUACGCAGUCUGGGCAAAGAGGUAAACAUCAAUCCGCCACUGACCCUGGGCCAAUUGCCAGACACUCCCGAAGAGCUUCUGAAGCUCGAUCAAGUUUUUAUCAAGUCCGAGCUGAAGGUGGGAGUGAUUUAUAUUCAGGAAGGUCAGUACAGCGAGGAGGAGAUACUCGACAACAACGACAACUCGCCACUCUUCGAGGAGUUCCUGCAGAUCCUCGGGGACAAGAUCAGGCUGAAGGGUUUCGACAAGUAUAAAGGCGGUCUCGACACCGUGCACGAUUUGACGGGCCUAUAUUCUGUCUACACCAACUGGAGGGGCAUCGAGAUAAUGUUCCACGUGUCUACCUUAUUGCCUUACGAGAAACACGAUCCCCAAAAACUCCAGAGAAAAAGGCACAUUGGCAACGAUAUAGUGUGCGUCGUAUUUCUGGAAGCCGACAACACGAACUUCAGUCCAGCUUGUAUCAAGUCGCAUUUUUUGCACACAUUUAUCUUGGUACGAGUGAGUCCACGGAUUAAGCGGAAAAUCACGAGAUACGAGGUGUCCGUAGUGACAAGGGACGAAGUUGGGGCCUACAAACCGUAUCUAUGGGAACAAAGUAUUUUCGAGAAAGGUCCGAUGUUUCGAGAAUGGAUGUUAACGAAAAUUGUAAAUGGCGAGAGGGCAAGUUAUUCCGCACCGAAAUUUGCGAGGAUGCAAGAACGAACGAGAAGUCAAAUGUUGGAGGACAUCGUGGCGAAUCUCGCGAAUCACGCGGAAACCGGGCAAAUUCCGAAACCAUACAGGCGAGGUUCUUGGCGACCGAUUGGACACAUGAGACCAUCUUCGCCAUUGUUGGAUUCGGUGCGAGAUCAGUUCGAGGAUUAUGAUCAACUCGCAAAGGAUUUCACCAGAGUGUUCCUCAACAAUUCGGCGAAUGUAACACUAAAUGCCAGUCUGUUCGACGUAUCUUUCCUCGUACCAGGACAGCAAAAACAAAAAGUCAGAUUUAUCGGCGUUAGAGCGAUUUUAGCAGUGAGAAGCAGAGUGUUCCAAGAAAUGUUAUAUGGAAUUCAAGCGGGCUUCGGAAGCCCGCAAGUACCAGUUGCUGAACUACUCGCGAGACCAGCGCCCACGUUACUCAGUCCACAGAAGCCGAAGAGCUCGAACUUCCUCCAAGUCCCGGACAUGGAGAGUCCUAGGCCCAAAAGUGUACCCUCGUCGCCGAUGGUGAAACGAGCAUUCUCACGAUUGGGUACAAUCACAGCAGGAUGGGGAAGGAGUAUCAGGAAGCAUGGUAGCAACACUUUGCAGAGCGAAGAUCGAAAGCGAUGGGCCAGUUCGCAAGAUUGCAGUAAUAAGGAGGUGAAAGAUAAGGAUAAAUCUCAAUCUUUGGCAGUGCCAAGGCUUAGCGUUUGCGCGGACGCACAGAAAGUAGAUAGAGCGAAAUUGGCGCAGACUGAGUUUCAUAUCAUUGAGUUUGAUCCGGAAACCUUCCGAAUUUUACUGGACUACUUGCACACCGGAUCCUGUCCGCUAACGUGUAGCAAUAUACCGGGCUUGAUAUGCGCCGCGGAGCACUACGAUCUGCCGGAGCUUCUCCAAGCUUGCUUCCAUCACGCCAAGCAGUUUCUUAGGAUCGAGAUCGUCUGCGUGAUGUUAUGCGCCCUCGAAAAUUAUUACUGGCGUUACACAUCCGCCUCGGAGCUGGUCAACAUGAUCCUCGCAUUCGUCGAGACAAGGGCCUAUCAGCUCUUCCAAAACCCAGACUUCCUCACUCUGAGCGAGUCGAUGGUGCAGAUGAUCAUGAACCGCAGCCUCGAGGUGCUGGAGAUCAAGAAGUUCGAGGCGAUGCUAAACUGGGCGAAGCACAAAGUCAAAACUAAGUCGAGCAAGGUCGACGCAAAGGUGGAGUUCAAGUGCAUCAUGGAGAGGCUCAGCAGAGAUCUCAAAUUAUAUCGAAUAACACCUCAUGAAUUAAUUAGGAUCGUGCUGCCGUCAAAAGCCAUAAGGAACGAGCGUAUCCUGGACACGCUGACGAUGCAAGCAAACUCGGGCGUAUUCAGGAACGUCGACAGCUACCUAGAGGCGUAUCAAAAGAAAGUGCAGAACCAAGAGAGCUUCGACUGUGGACUGUAAACGUCAACGAACACACGACAGACAUUGCUAGGACGAUUUGUACCUGAAGAUACGUUACGACCGACGAAUUUUCCGACGACGAGGAAAUCGUAUUUCGUAGCGUCACUGCAUGUCCACGCCGUGUCAGCGGAUAUCUCGCGCGAAUAAAUAAAUCCUGACCUCGCGGCAACGAUCUCUAAUUAGAGUAUCCGGCUGCGACCGCGAUAUUCGAUACGUAGGAGUCGAUAAUUACACUACGGGGCUUGACAAGAGUCUAUGAUAGAUUGCUCCGAGACCGUGUAAGGUCGCUGCCGAGCCACUCGACGAAUAAUGAGUUUAGAAACUGUCCCGGCUCCACUCGCGCAAACUUUAUUCGAUACUCGUGUGGUAAUCCAAUCGCUUCUGGCGGCAUCUCAAGCUGUCACCCUUGUUUUAUUUGCGGCAACAAGAUGAAUUAUCAGGUCGGAGAGAAUAAUGUUAAGGCUGACAUUGAUGAAAAUAUGACACUCGAUGGGAAAUUAUCAGAAAGUCUCUUUCGAGGCUUAUCCAAGAGUAAUUAUCUAAGAAGUAGUCUAUUCGGGAAUCAAUUCACUUAUUUGCCAAAACUAAAAGUUUAAUGCGUGGAAAGUCCGUAUACGUAAUUAUUCUUGGAUGCAAAAUAUUAUGUCAGGAACUUUCGUAAACUUCGUUGCUUUCGAUCUUUUAAAUUUGUUUCAUAAGUAAUGCUGCCAUAUUUAUAUUUCUGAGUUCUGAGUUUCAUAUUGCCUCCAGUCUCGAAUAAAUAAAAUGAAAAUCAAACGAAUAUUAGUCCAGCUAUAGUAACAUGAGAUAUGCAUUCGUACUGCUUAUUUUUUCUAUAAUUUUACUAAAUAUGCAUGUAUUAUUUGAUUCAAAUAAUACAUUGUAUUUUUUCUUGUAUUUUUCGGGUUGUGCCGUUACAAAAAGCGUUAUCUUCAUACAAGAUGAUCCUCUAAAAUUAUAUGUCAGCGAGUAUUUAGUAAAGAUGAAUAGAACGCAAGAGAAUGAAAUAGGAAACGCAAUUACGAUGUGAUCGGCGCGUUUUGAAUUAAAGUCUCGUAAGGCGUUAUCAAGUUCCACACGCGCGAUAUAGGAUUCGUUAUAUAUUAAUAUAAUUAUAACACGUGAUCAUGAUAGAUAGCAGUAAAUGUGAAAUAUCGAUUGCGGAAUAAAGCGCAGAUUCAAAAGCUGUAACAUCGCAAGUGCGAGCGUGAAAAAAAGCACAAUUUUCAUACAAUUAAUAAGGAGUGAUUCGCGCAAAUAAAAUCUGAUAAUUUAAAAGUAAUUAAUUAAGGUAAAUCCAUUAUGUUACGACAUUACAUGUAGACGAUAUCGACGAUAAAUCUGGCCAGAUAUUCGUCGCGUGGCAUUGUCAUCUAUCCUUUUGCGUUUCAAUGAAACGAAAAACUGAAAGCAGGGAGGAUCACUCGACGAUCACGAGAACGUUGUUUCGAAAGACGGAUUUAUCUUGACGAUUAUUAUCGAUAAGAGGGACUUUCGAUUGAGGAUGCCCAUUGUAUGUUUCGUAUCGACGGCACUUAAUAAAUUGCCGACACAUGACAAUCUGUAUCAUAAAAGAAAAAACGCUACUAAUAACGCGAUGUAACAUGUAAAACAGGUUUACUAUUACAUAUAAGCUUACAGGAA